GACGCCACUUCCGGGAUGGGGCCGUCCCUGCGGCAGCGCCGCUCUAGGGUCGCCAGGUGCGGCCGCCGCGCUCGCGCCCCACCCGCCUCACGUGUCGGCGGCGCUGCGCGUGCGCGGGAGGCGGGCGCGCCCUAGCAACCGGAGCGUUAACGGUAGCAACGGCCAUGGCAAAAGCAACAACUAUCAAGGACGCUCUGGCCAAAUGGGAAGAAAAAAAUGGCCAGAAGGCUUCAGAGGCAAAGGAGGUGAAACUGUAUGGUCAGAUUCCUCCUGUCGAAACGAUGGAUGAAUCUCUCUCCACGCUUGUUAACUGCGAGAAACUAUCGCUGUCUACAAACCGCAUUGAAAGAAUCGCCAACUUGAACAGCCUAAAAAAUUUGAAGAUUCUGUCUUUGGGAAGAAAUAACAUAAAGAACUUGAAUGGAUUGGAGGCAGUUGCAGAUACUUUAGAGGAGCUGUGGAUCUCAUACAACUUCAUUGAGAAACUGAGGGGUAUCCGUGUAAUGAAGAAGCUGAAGGUUCUUUAUAUGUCAAAUAAUUUGGUGAAAGACUGGGCAGAGUUUGUGAGACUGGCAGAGCUGCCAUUACUAGAGGAUCUGGUGUUUACAGGCAAUCCACUGCAAGAGAAAUACACCUCUGAUCAGAGCAGUUGGUUUGAAGAAGCAACCAAACGGGUCCCCAAGUUGAGAAAGCUGGACGGUACCCCAGUUAUUAGAAAAGAAGAAGAUGAAGAAGGAGCAAACUGAUGCCACUUUCCUGUUGGGUAUUUAUUUAAGUAACUCCAGAUAACUCGGCAUAUAGAAGUUUUAUAUAAAUGUUUGUUUUGAAGAAGAUCUUUGGGCAAUUUUUUUAAAAGACCAGCUUUUCUCCACAGUCUCUCACCCAAAGAGUCAGUAACCAAAAUUCAGGCACACCAAUUUUGUCAAGCUUAUGACAUCUUCUGUAGAGACCAGUGGAACUGAGUUUGUCUGCUGUUUGGCUAGCAAGAGAUCUUCACUUAAACUAAUUAGUAGCUAUUUUUAAUCUUUGAUUAGUGGUGCUUGUUUUUCACUCUUGGGUUAUAAUAGACCCAUUUUAGUUUGUUAGGUGCAGAUGGCCAAUGUUAUCAUUGGAAACACUGAGGCAAAAGAACAGUGUUGUGGUUUAGAGACACAUUACAGGCUUUGUUGUGUUUAAUUUUGUCAUGGGAAUCCUUCAAUAUUUUAAGUAUGGGAGAUUCCCUUUUCAUCCUCUUAACUGUUAUGCCAAACAGGCCCAGGAGCUGUGGACCCACGCACAAAAAUGGUAUUGGUCCAAUGAUUGCUUGUUACUGGCCUUAAGUUUUGACUUGGGCUUCUCCCAUUGGAACUCAACUGCAUUGCUUAAAAGGCCAUGUAUAACUUAUAUAUUUAUUUAUUUUAAAGAGGCAAUGAGAAUUGUUUGCAUGGUUUCAGUAAGACUAAAAUAUCUGCUAGCUUUUUUUCUUGUCUCAGUAAGAAAUUAUUUUAGAUUUGCAUAUGUGAUUUAUUAGCCUACAGCUGGGUCCUAGUUUUGGGUCACUGCUGGACAUAAUCCUUCUCAAUUCUGGAAUUUUCCUGUAACUGAGUAGGCUGAUACUAAUACAGAAACAAACAGUGAACAAAAGACCUGGGUUUGAGGACAGAAAAUUCUGGAUUUGGAGAUACUUAUUCUUUAUGAAAGCACAGAUGUAAGCAGUGAGAGAAAGUGUGUAUAGUUAUGGGGAAGGUGAGAUGAGAUGGGAAGUGAGCACUGGCAAACAGUAUUGAAGGCACACUAAAUGUGCUAUAUUGCAGGGUAACCAGUUUUAGUAAAGCCCCCUUCUAUGACAGGUGACUAUUUUUAGUGAAAAGCAUUAAACAGUGAUGAAGACACACCUGAUGGCACUGUUGGAUGCCAAGAGUGGGGUUUUUUUCUUCUUCUCUUUAGAGAAUAGAUCAAGUCACCUGGGUAGAUUUUACUCCAUCUUGGUUUUGUUUUUUUAUAAAAGCUUUUCUUCUGAUUCAUGGUACCAUCUUUGUUUAAACUACAAUGGAAAAAGCGUACCUGCUGGUUCCAGACCAGGCAUAGAUGGAGGCAGAGCACCACUCUUAAUUACUUAUUUUGUGACGGUGUGGCAGGAGUUGAAAUCUUGGAAGUCAUGGUCAGAGAUAAAGAGGUAGAAUUGGCACAGUUUUUUAACUUGCUUGUUAGCACAUUGACCUCUCUUCAAAGAGCUGAUGUAUGCAGUGAUUCUACUGAGAACUGCUGGAGAAAAAGUGAGAAGAGACUGAGAACCAGCAGAUGACUCAGGUUGCACUAGAAGUAGACUCGUCUAGAAAAAUCUUCAAGCAAGAGAGCACUUUUAACAUCCUCUUUGACUAUCUUUUGUAUACAGUAAUUUUGUAGCAUGACCAAACUGUUAAAUUUGCUGUGUUUAAAUUAUUUAGGCCUAUGUUUAUAAUGUUAUUCUGUGAAACUUGUUUAAAAAUAAUAUAAUGUUGUUUUAUACAAACACCUUUGGCUGUUGUGUCAUGAAAGAGUUCAGCUUGUGGAGGGUAUUCAGAAAUUAAACUUUGUUCUCAGACACUUCCCUAGCUGCUCAGGGAGCAAUACAGUUACAGUAUGUAAAUGCUGGUCCUUGUUGCCUCUAUAUUUUAGAAUACAGAGUAACUUAGACUUUAAAAAUGCUGAUAUAUUGUGAUUGUUGUCAUUUGAUACAUAAAUAUUUUUCAAUCUUUUAAAA